AUGUCGUGCAGAUACCUGAGCUUUCAGUGGAAUCGGACAAGAAACCUGGGAAAUGUGCAUAAGAGUCAAGUCUCUACUUUGUCUUCCCCGCCCGCACCAGGAAGCAGUCCACCCCCAGAAACCCAUUCCGAUCUGGAUCUACAACUGCACCAGCGCACGGAGCAGCAGGUUCCUGUAGAGGAUGCACUAGCCAGAGUCUCAGAAAAACAAGGACAGCGGUGGAGAAAGGGUAUCUCAGGCCUAAAGGCAACUUUGGAAUCUAACCACAGCAAGCGAGCAGGGCAAGUCGGGGAGACUGUCACCUAUUAUGGUUUGGAGUCGGUAGUGAAGUGUUGCGCCUUCAAGGAGAUAUGGCUGGUGAUCUCCAGGCAAGUGUGUGGUAUCACCUGCUUCCUUAACAAGCAUCCUGGUGCAAAAGAGGUUCUGUUGGAACAAGCUAGUGCAGAUGUAAGGGAAAGCUUUGAAGAUGUUGGCCACGAUUCUGAUGCCAGAGAAAUGCUGAAGCAGUACAAGAUUGGUAAUGUGUAUCCAAAUGACCUGAAACCUGAAAAUGGAUGCAAGGACCACUGGAAAAAUAGUUGCUGGUCAUACUGGAUUUUCCCCAUCAUAGGCGCUACUUUAGGUUUCCUGAGUUCCUGCUACGUGUCGGAAAGCCAAUCCUCUGGAGGAGGCCUUGUUGAAGUCUGGAAAGCAUAUCCUCUUGGGAGUGAAAACUGGAGACUAGUUUGGAGGCUGAAGCAGUGCCCUGUUCUUAGAUCCUGCCAAUUGUAUUCUUCCCCCUUGGAGCCAAGAUGGUGGGCCACACAUCCACCUCAGACCUGGACACUAUCCUUCUUUCUCAAAGCCUUACUCCCCAAGCACCAUCUCAUUGUUCUGUGUCCUUGCCAAUGUUUUCUCUCUUCACCGGUUUUCACAAGCACCUCUAUAUUACAAUACUUACUGUUAGUAAUUGCAAACCAUACAUACCAAGGCAUUGACCUUGGUAAAAAUGCCCACUUUUUGAUACUUUGAAUGGACAUUAGGCAUUCUUAACACAUCAGUACACUCUGGUUUUGAAACUUUUCUUUUUCUAUUUUUCUUGGAAGUAAAUAUUAUUUCUAAAUUCUGACUUAAUUUUAUCGUUUGUCAUAAGGGGUUUAAGCCAUGUAGUUG